UGUGUCUCCAUCUUUCUUGUCUCUCUAUCUUGCUCAGAUUUUCCCAUUCACUCAGAAACGGUCAUACUCGCAUAGAUAUCAUUCAUUCUCAUCCUUCUAUGGCCUCUACGCCUUCAUCUGCUCAGUCUGCCGCGGAUGCGGACACUCAUGGCUCUAUUCAAACUACGACUGGCACGCUCGAGCCUGCGCCAGAAGUAUUGCUCACCCGCGGUUACCCAAAGCGGUCGCUCGCUGCACUCGAGACAGAAUUUGUUGAUAACAAUGACAUUAACAGCAUGGCACCUAGCAGCGCCGUCCUUCAGUCCAGCUUUUUGAUCAUGGAUGACGCUCACAAUCUCGAAGAUAAGGUCGAUAAGUCUGAUCAUGUCACUCUUCCUCAAUCGCAGUCUAGCUCAGCACAACCACCACCCAAGCGAGUACGGUAUGGCUCUUUAGAAAAUGAGCCAACGGCGACGGAUUAUGCACUACUUGAACCCAUUAUCCACCCAGACAAAGAUAAUACUAUCCCACGGGCACGACGACACUCUGCAGCAGCCUCGUCUUCCAUUGUGCCAUCCCAAACUUCACAUCCCACCAUGAGCAGGAGACGAUCCUUAGCAGACCUAGUACAUUCUUCUAGUCAACGUCCACCAGUCGUUUUAGAUGAAGCUGAGGCAACAGCGGCAUAUGGAGAGCCCAUUGAUACGUCAUCCCCAUCCUUGGGAAUGGACAUUGAUGCCAGCGAACAGCCCCCUACCCCAGUGAUGUCUAGGUAUCCUGGAUCCUCACAAGUCGCUGCAGGAAUCAAUUCUUCGUCCCCAACAGCGACAGAGUCUAGCAAUACUCCUACGUAUCAACGUCAUGACAGUGAUAAAAACAACGUUCAGACGUCAGUUACUGGAGGAAGAAGCAGUGGCCCUCGUUCUCCCUCCUCAGUUAGGUCACCAUCUUCACUCUUCAUGCCCUCACAACAAUCCCACACGACAGCAAGUCACAGACGAAAUAGUACCUCUGCAAAGAAGGGUUUUCAGCGCCCCGUGCGAAUUCAGCUGCUUGAUAAGGCAGAGUCUGAACAGAUCAGAGAGCAGGCGAGACGCGAUUCAGCUUCCUCGGGAGACCAAGAGCAACGGGAUCGAGACGAUGACAGCGAGACAUUCAUCCCUCAAGAUGGUAUUAUCCUUCGUAACAGCAUGGGCAGCGAUAACGAUAGUGACAUUGCACUGCUAAAAGAGGAUCCUAGUAUUCAUGACUGGGACAAGGAGGAGCUAGAGGACGAAGAGAAUGGAAGUAGUACGCCUGCAUAUGGCGGUGAACCGCUCUCUCUUCCAUUGGAGACUUCGCAGCGCAGAAAGUCCUUAGAAAAUGACAUCCGCCGAGCCGCCAAUGCCUCUGGAAAACCUACAGGUGCAUUGCCCCGUAGAAGACCAGGUCGAGAAGGCGAUAAUAGCUAUAAUAAUAGUUCUAAUGGUGAUGACAACGAGGACGAGGAUGACGAUUGGGAUCCAUUGCGUGAUCCGGAGAGGGAAAUUGCAGUAAUGAGCGAGGAUCAGGAAGCAGACCUCCAUAAUGUUCACCUCAGACUUGAAAAUCAACGUGAGUUUCAAGACGCCGCAAGUUUGGACCUUGGCGAGGCUGAGUCCCAGGCUGUGAAUGAGGAUGGACAAUACGGGGGCUCCAUCCAGGAGGAUGAUGAAGGUGAAGAUUUUUGGGAAAAUCGAUGAUCUGCCCCCUUUUUUCGACUCAAUGAUACACUGUAGCUUUUUUUCUCUUUCUUCUGUUUAUUUGAUGAUAAAAGCGCACUGAGAAUUAUUCAAGAUAUAGUGUAUACAUGUACAGCCUCAUGCUU